AUGGCGCAGGCUUCAUACGUGUACCAUCUCCUCGGCGGUUUGACAUACCUGCUAGCGAGCCUAUCGCAGAUGACCCCGAAGAAGGAGAGGUCUACUCCCUUUCCGUCACUCACCAACUUCACUGCCUUGUUAUACGUCCGCCAGGCUAUCAUAUGCGCUGGAGAUACGACGCUUGAUUUUGCGGACGACCUGACAUUUGGGCCGGACGGAAACGUGACGAGAUACGGAUUUACCGGUGCUAGAUCUGUCCACCAGUGCCGUGACUGGGAUGCCAUCAAGGCAUUCGCGGAGAAGCACAAGUCAGGCGACCGAAAGGGGAUCCUGGUUUGA